AUGGAUGGAAAGGAUCAAAAGGUGUUCAGGGUCCUCCUGGUUUACCAGGACCAGCUGGACCAACAGGCUCCACUGGCCUCCCAGGAGAUCCUGGAACUGAUGGGUGGCCAGGACAGAAAGGUGAAAGGGGGUAUCCUGGCAGGGCUGGAGCCAGAGGUUUCCCAGGUCGUCCUGGACCUCCUGGACCGAGAGGUAAACAGGGUGAAAGGGGCCUUAAUGGCCGCCCAGGUUCCCCAGGGUAUUCAGGACCAGAUGGUAAUAAAGGUCCAAAGGGCACGUGGGGAAUGCCAGGUGAUUCUGGACCUGAUGGAUGGCCUGGUCCACCAGGAAUUAAGGGUAUCCCUGGAGUUCCAGGCAGGUCAGGAAGAGCAGGACCUCCUGGAGACCCUGGGAAUAAAGGUUUCAUUGGUCCCAGAGGGUAUCCUGGGAAUGAUGGAGAUCGGCAACAUCAGGAAGAAGGAACACGAGAAACUUGUGAAACCAAGGGCUCAGAGAAGAGCUCGAGAAGAUGUGGAGGAUGAAGGUAAUAGUGGUCCCAGUGAUAUUGGAGCACUAGGUGCAAUGACUCCCAAGCUAGGCGAGUGGCUCCAGCAGAUCCCAGGAACGACAUUGGAGAUCUCUGUCCAGAAGAGUGCAGUCCUAGGAACAGCUAAGAUACUGCGCAGGACCCUAAGCUCCCAGUCCUCUGGUGAUCCAGGACCAUCUUAUGGACAACCAGGUCCACCUGGACCCAGAGGGAUCCGAGGAGAGAAUGGCUUCAGUGCACCUCGAGGGAUACCAGGAGACCCAGGUGAUCCGGGACCAAGAGGAAACCCAGGACGACCAGGACCAUCAGGCAUUCCAGGAGAACAGGGAAUACAAGGAAGACCAGGUGAUCUCUAUAGGUUUGAUUUUAGAACUUUCUGGAUGUACUUCAUCAUUAAAGGAAAAAAGAAUUCUGUGCAAGCUCCCCUGGACCCCGCGGUCCACAAGGCCAUCCAGGUCUUCCAGGUCUUCCCGGUGAUCAAGGAAGUGUGGGACUACCAGGCCCCCCUGGCCGAUAUGGGCCCCCAGGACUGCAUAGAUAUUCCUGGCCCUCGAGGACCAGAUGGUUUUCCAGGAGUCAAAGGGGUCAGGGGCUACCAAGGACCUCCAGGAACUACUAUUCCUGGGACUAAAGGCCAAAGGGGCCCACCAGGCAAUCCAGGUCUCCCAGGCCUCCCAGGUGAACUUGGUUACCCUGGUAUAAUCUGUCAAACACCUUUGCAGGGACCUGCUGGAGGUCAAGGAUUUGAAGGACCACCAGGACCCCCAGGUCCUCCUGGAGAACCUGGGAUACCAGGCUCCAGCUUUUUGUUCAAAGGAGACCCAGGCCCAACUGGCCCCCGUGGCUUACCAGGUGUUCGAGGAAGAAGGGGCCUACCAGGACCACCUGGACUUUCUAUCCACCAAGGCCCUAGAGGACCAAAAGGUGAGCAAGGUCCUGUUGGUCUAGUGGGCCUACCUGGACCCAAAGGUCAGCUAGGUGCCCCUGGGCCCCAGGGCCCCAGAGGAGAAAUUGGCCCCCAUGGAAAUAAGGGGGAGAAGGGUCCAGUGGGGUCUGUGGGCCUUCCUGGUAUAACAGGUCCUCCUGGUCGUAAUGGUCCAGCUGGAGAUCCAGGAGAUGUUGGUUUGCCUGGAUUUCCUGGACCUCAAGGUAUUCCAGGUCCUCCUGGUGACCAGGGUCAGCCAGGCUACAGGACGAUAUUGAAUGCUGGAUUUCUGUUAGUUAUACAUAGUCAAUCAGUUCAGGUCCCACAGUGCCCAGCAGAUACCACUCAGCUUUGGGUGGGAUACAGUCUCAUUUACCUGGAGGCACAAGAAAAGGCUCACACACAAGAUCUGGGCCAGCCUGGCUCCUGCCUCCCUGUUUUCUCCACCAUGCCGUUCUCCUAUUGUAACAAAGCUGCCUGUUCUUAUUCUAGUCGCAAUGACAAAUCCUAUUGGCUCUCCACAACUGCUCCCAUACCCAUGAUGCCGCUAUUUGGCCAGGAUAUUGUGUCCCAUAUCAGCCGUUGUGUGGUGUGUGAGACCAUUUCACCUGUGGUGACUUUUCACAGCCAGAAUCAUACAUUCCCUUCAUGCCCACCUGGAUGGAGGAGUUUGUGGGUGGGAUACUCUUUCCUCUUGCACACAGGAUCAGGUAAUAAUGGUGGUGGCCAGUCACUGGCUUCUACUGGUAGCUGCCUUAAGGAUUUCCGAACUCAUCCCUUCAUUGAGUGCCAAGGGGCACGGGGUUCCUGUCACUACUUUGCCAAUCUCUAUAGUUAUUGGCUGACUACUGUAAGCCCAGCAGAGCAGUUCAUAACCACAAGUCCUGGCACCAUCAAAGCAAGCGACCAACAGCGACACAGGACCAGCCAGUGUAAUGUCUGCCACAGAGAAAGAUAA